UUCUGUCCUUUUAGUUCUCUCGUUCAAGUUUUAGUUACAGAAACUAUUACGCGUUGUGUCUGCCUCGUACUUUACAGUCUUCAGCUAAGUAUUGAGGUUCGCUGUUGGUUCCACGUCGUCGUGUGAUAACGUUCCGCAGACAAUUGAUGUUAGAUGACAGCUAAUCGUGUAGGUAGUAGGAGACCUUCAAGGAACUCGAUGCGCAACGAAAUGCGACCACGUAGUGAAAAGUUGACUCGACGAAAAAGCCAACAAGAAUCGGUUACCAUGACAAUAAGGCAGCAAUAGUACUUUGAAACGCCUUCUCUUGUUCACGGAAGGAACAACAAAGUAUAACAACAGUGCCGUAUGUUACAAGUUUAUUUUUGUUGUGGUCACAUGUGUUUCACGUGAAGUCCAAGAUUGUCGGAUGACUGGAAGAAACGAAGUGCUCGGGGCUACGGGUGUGGGGGUGUAACGGGGAAGUGGUGUCCUUUCGGAUUUGGCUGGAAAUAUUAUAAACAUUGAUGUUCAUUUGAUUUUUCAUUUUUGCGAAAAGGGAGUAAGAAACAUCUCAGAGAAGUGAAUUUUGCGAACUCCGUAUCCAGAUCAGAAAUCGCCUCUCCGCGAGAUUUAUAAAACAAACGAUAUGGACAUGUCUGUAGUAAAUGCAGUGAUAAAAUGUGGUAGUUUCCUUCCUGCUCUGGAUUAAUUUGAUUCAAAAACAAAACUGAGGAGCUACAGCUGUUAAAGCUCCGUAACUAAUGGCUUAAUCAUCCGCCUGUAUAGUUUCCUGCGGUAACGUCUCUGUAAGAGAAGUGGAUGGCUGCAACUGUGUCACCCUCUGCCGUUGGUUCGCAAGAUGAGGGCGAAGAAGCUCGCGACAGAGGAUGGAGACGAGAUCCUGAUGGUGUUGAAGGGCGCGAAACAUAUCACUAGUUCAGUCUCCACUGAUGCCCAAUUUAUGGCAUUGACCGCAACAUCCCCCCAUAACUGGCCAGCUGUGGACUGUAGUAUAGGCGUUUCUGCGAAUAGUUUCAACAGUGACAAGAGCCUUGCGUUGGAUAAAGAGCAUUCUAAAUCUUGUCAAGAAGAAGAACAAAGUAUCUGCGGAAACUCAAGCUUCCUAAGGCGGUUUAUUGAAUUUCGAAUUAACGACAGCGACUUGUCUUUGAAGAUGACGUCGGGUAAUGAAAAAAGCAGUGUGGAGUCGAGCGGUGCAGGUAAGAGAGAAAUGAAAAUUUUGUUUACAAGUCCAGGAAGUGAGGACCAGCCUUCUAUCGAAUCUUCUGCAGAUGGCGCGAACUCAGUAGCCUCAAAAAAACCUUUGCCUGAUUAUUCAGAUAACACAUCCACGUAUCCUACUGAUAUGUUAUCGCGUUCAGCCAUCCAUAAAGAAAGGAAUGAUUCAGGGCUACAGAAUGAAGAGUUUCCACCAAAGCAGUCUGAAGGUAACACUGGUAGGAACCAAGUGACUGGCGAUAUUAUUAGACAUGUUUUUCCUAAAAUCCCUACAAUUCGUAGAGUUGAUGAACUGAGGAUACGCAUUGAAGGUAAUCUAGAGACCACAGAUUCUACGAAGAAGGUAUGUACGAUUGGCAACUCUGUGAUAAAUAAUUACGCAGACGAAAAAUAUUCCAUAAAAUCUGCACCGGAGGUGAAGGAACAUAGAAGCAAGGUAGAGGUUAGAAGGAGCAAUUCGAAUACAAGAGAAAACCCUCCACGGAAAGUCAGUUUUAAAGUUCGCAGCAGUUCUAACAACGGGAGAUUAUCGUCUUCGUAUAUAUCAUCAGCGACAUCUAGGCGUUCUUCAGCCUUGAGUAAGGGAUCGCUUACGGACUCGAAGAUUCCUAGCAAAGUCGCUGUUCUCGCUUCCAAGUUCAACGCGAUAAUUCAUGAAAACAAAGAAGAAAAGAGCGUAGAGAUUAUUCAAAAUGACUCUAGGAUGCUCCCUCAGUUUCCAGCAGGUUCGAUAACUCCUUCGAAUAAGAAGCAACCACAAACAGAAAGGGCGUUCGUAUCCAGACGAAACAGUAGUAAUUCCAAACGAGAGGGCUGUUUAUCGAGCACCGGGGGUAAUACAAAGAGUGUUUUUUUGGGCGUUGCACUUCGAAAGCACUCAUCAACCAAACAGCCUCUCUUGGAACCAGACAACAGUCAAAAGUCUUCCAAUAGUAGUAUUACGAAGGACUGCAAACGAAGGAGCAAUAUGUCAUGUCGAUCGUCUGCUGUCGGAACAAAAAGUGGAAGUGUUAAAGCUGCAAUUCAGAUUUUCGAAAAGAACGCUACGACAACUCGUCCAGCUAAAAUCAAUGCAGUUGCUUUAGGAGGGAACAGAAGGAAUGUAGGGAACUCUGUCACGUGUGGAUUGAAGCAGUCGCUUGAGAGUUCUGAAGCCAAGAAAGAACCAAAAUAUCCUAGAGUUAUAUUUAAACGAGAUGCCACUCUAGUGCGUGUGACUUUAGAUUGUGAAGACGUGUGCAAUGAGGACCAAACUACCAAACAGGUUGAAGAUAGCUGCAACACCCGAACCAACGACUGCCAGAAGUCAGCAACGAAAUUGUCACGGGGUAGUUGUGAAGAUGAAGAAAAGGUUUGUGUGAAGAAUGAUUACGUAGAAGGCUUUAAUGCUCGGUGUAAAAGUGAUAAAAAUGUUACCGUGGUUGGUGUUGGGGGAGGUUCAGGACAUGACGAAAUGAAGAAAAAAGAAGAGAAAAUCAAACCCGUAGUGCCAGUCAAAAACGUGACUAAAAAACAAAUUUACAAAAGCGUGCCUUUUUUUAAAAGUGACACAAACGAUUUCAAAUAUGCGAAGGUGACGUGUAAACAGGACAGUAUAUAUAGGACAACAAGCAAUGGAUCUGUGACCGAAAAUACUUGCGUUCACUACGAUAAACUUGCAUUUCCACAUAAAGCACCGACAGGUUCAGAAUAUUCGAUAAACAAGAUUGCCUCAACCCUAGAAAGAGAAAACUUCCAAGAAACUGACAGAGAAUUAAUGACACCGAAUAGAUCGUUCCUGUGGGGGGUAUCACCGCCAAGCAACAAAGUUCGAACACAGGACGACCAGUCUACAUCAGUGUCUGUGCCAUUAACCGAUAAUUAUGAACCAACAAAUCCGGAAGUUCCUGCACCUGUAACAAAUUGCAGUAUUGAAGAAACAUACGAUGAUGUGUACCCACCGUCCACUGUUUAUUCUGAUGGAGUUUCUUUGAUGCACCCCUAUUCCGUGGUUCACCCACAAGAUGAUGACAUGUACGAUGACGUAGGCUCUCCCGCCACUGAAGAGAAACAGUCUCCAAGGAUACCUGCAGUUUCGGCGGUCAGUAACUGCGCCGACGACAAUGGAACUGACAGUGGAUACGACUACUGUCGCGGGUCCGUGGAGCCUUCACUGGACCAGAACUAUGACGACUGUGAGGGCGAGGGUUAUCAGUGCAUCGGGGAGGACAACCCUCACGAGGACGCGGAGUCCAACAUAUACGACGACGUAAAAUCAGUGACGACGCUAAAGGUAUCAGAAGACGUCGCGUCUAUUAGCAAUUGCUACGAGUCCAUCUAUUCCGGGGGGGACAGAUCCAUGACAUCUGAUGGAAGGACGACCAUUGACGGCGGUACCAUGAGAAUGGGCGGACCUUCAUCGGCUUCCAGUAGUAUCGGAAGCGGAAACCAUAGCUUCUGCGAUCAAAGCAACAGUUUGUAUGGUGUUGGAGGCUGUAGGUUUGAUUCUGCAUCAGUGUCGCAAGCUUCAACAGUUUCAGCUGAAGACGGCCCCCACGAGGUACUGUCGUAUCAGCUGACGUGUGUGAACUCUCGUCAACCACGGAGCGAGACCAGCGACGAAUGGGUGGACAUCGAAAUGACCGACUCUGACGGCGAAGGAAGUGAAGACGCCGUAGCAGUAUAUCAAGGUCACUGCAGGAACUGGAAGAGUCCAAGGCGGUCACGAAAAGCAAGGAAGCUGUGGUCAAAGUCUGCCCGGAAAGCUACAGGAAAGCUAAUUGAUGUCUACGUGUCUUCUUCCUCUGUAUUAUACUUGGGAGCCCCUGAUCCCCAUGCCCACAAGCCUUCAGUCAGUCCCCAUCAACGUUCCAGUGGGUCCACAGGUUUGGUCUCUUUACGAGCAAUUCUCUACAUUGGAGAUGCUCAUGAAAGCCAGGAGAUGACCUUUUUCCUGGAAAAGGAAGGAGGAGAACAUAGUUCUGACUCAGACGCAGAUCACCAUUAUGAGAUGCUAUAUGAAGUUGUAGGGAACAGUAAGAAUAAUGAGGUGCCUUAUGAUGAUUUUGAUUCCUUUGACUCUGAUGCGUCUGACGAAACAUACAUCAAACCUUUGCAUCAGGCAGGCUUUGACAUUGGUAAUGGCCGACUACCAGAACCACCACCUGGACAGAACAUCUAUGCCAUCAGUAAGAUUGCUGAGGCUGCAGGGAAAAAGAUGCUCAAACUGGGCAAGAGUCUUCGCAAGAUCAGGACUAAACGAAGUAACAGCAGGGCACCAGAAGCUCAGCAUAAUGCUCGACCACCACUGCCCACCACUCAAAGACCACAACGUCCUUCUCCAUCUCAUCCAUCACCACCAGUCCUUCCUCCUCGAAUCUCAGAGAAGACUUUAUCUUCAGGAAACCUAGCAGGGCGCAAAUAUUGGUCAUUACGCAAAUUCAAGAGAAGUAUAUCUGCUUCAGAUCAAACAUCACCUGCGCCUCCAUUUAGUGGCCCAAAGAAGGAAACAGCCACUUUCUACCUCACACAGGCACUGGAUGCUGACAUGGGCAGCACUGAGGGAAAUAUGAAUGUGGGAUCUACUGAUACUACUGACAUUUGCUCAGAAAGUGGUGGUACACCAACUAGUCCUUCAAGUUUGGGCAGCAGCAAGACGAUUGUAUAUGAUAGUGGAAUGGAUGCAAACUGCAACUCAGAGGGACUACAGAAAAUGCCCACCAAUUUUAGUAAUAGCAACAAGCAGAGGCCAAUUUCAGCUCCUGAAAGAAGGAACAGUGGCAGCGUCCGUCCUAACUCUCCUCCUCCUCUUCCUCCUCCUCCCCACAGUUCAGGCUCCUCAGAUAAUCCAAAGAAACCUCUCCGUAAAGAGAAAAGAAAUUCAAGUAACACGUCCUGGUAUGCUGAAUGUGGGCUGUUUGAUCAGACAGAAGUUCAGAAUAUGGGCAUUAUGGAUGUACCAAAGAAUAAUGCAAGAAAGCAAGACCGACCCAUAUCAAAUUCAUGGUAUGCUGAAGUUGGACUCUGGGACAUGGGUACUUCAAGUCCCAAUGACAGUUCUCUGUCUGAGCAAGAUACACGAAGCCAGCACACUGAUUUGAGUGGAGGAGAUUCACCACUGACAGCAGGCAGUCCAGAGAACAGUGGAGUUGCUGAAAGGCGUUUCGCUGAUGAACCUUUGUAUCAGUUCUACACUGCAGCUGUAGUAGAGAGAUAUAUGCGAAGUGAACUGGACUCGGAUGGUUAUGAAGAAAUUGGAGAUGGUUCUCAAAAAUUGAAACCUUCUCGUCCUACUGCCAUGGAGCUGAUUCAACCUCGUGAAGGCCAACACCGUACUCUUUGGUGUGAAAUUCCUGAAGUUGUCAGCAGUCGUGUUCUUAGUACAAUCAGCACUCAUCAGAAGAAGUUACAAGAGGCCAAAUUUGAAAUUAUCACUUCAGAAGCAUCAUACAUAAAUUCUUUAAAUGUUCUUGAGAAACAUUUCAUAUCUAGUCUUGAACUGUGUGAUGAAUCUGUCUUGUCUAGAAAUGAUAGAAGGACCUUAUUCUCUAAUCUCAUUCCAGUCAAAACUUGCUCGGAGCACUUCCUGGCUGAGCUCGAAGAGUGUUGGCAGGAUAACAUCCUCUUACAUGGCAUUUGUGAGGUUGUCUACAAGCAUGCUAGUAACAAUUUUAAUGCAUACAUCAAGUAUUGUUCAAAUCAGAUCUGCUUAGACAGGACAUUACGUGGACUGAAGGAACAUAACACAAAGUUUUCAGAAGCUCUAUCCCAGUUAGAAAAUAGUCCUGUGUGUCAGUCACUGUCUCUACCAAUGCAGCGCAUAACACGGCUACCAUUGCUUAUUGAUGCUGUUCUAACACGCCUGGAUCCACAAGAUGAUGAAUACAACACAUGCCGUCUGGCACUUGCAACUUUAAACAAAAUUGUACAGAACUGCAAUGAAGAUGCACGCAAAAUGGAACGCUUGGAAGAGAUUCUGAUCCUUAGUCGACAGCUAUAUUUUCCAAAUGAAAUAAAAGCAGUACCCAUAAUUUCAAGUGUUCGGUGGCUUGUCAAGAAGGGUGAACUCACACAGGUGGUCUGGCGAGGAGAUGAGGGCAAACUUACCUUUGGUAAAAAGUUCUCUAGAGUCCAAGUACACAUAUUCCUCUUCACAGACCUGCUUGUCAUUACGAAAAAGAAAAGAAAAACUGCCCCUGAUGCCACGGGUGAUGAGUGCUAUGCUGUAGUGGACUACUGCCCAAGAAACCUGGUUCAGAUGACAAGUGCCGAAGGAACGACAAAUCUUCCUGUCAAGUUCACAUCUGAGAGUGGGCGCAAUUUGAUGCUCCUUACAAUGCUUCAGAAUCAUGAGAAAAAGACUGUUGAAAUGAUAUUAUCAUGUUCUGUGGAGUCAGAUCGCCAACGAUGGUUAGAAGCAGUGAGUCCUCCUGUUUCUGAUAACCCUAAUGAGACUGUGUAUGAAGAAUGGGACUGUCCUCAAGUUACUGCCAUUCACCCAUAUGUAGCUUGUCAGCCAGAUGAGCUGUCCUUAGAGGUGGCAGAUGUGGUUAAUGUGCUUAGGAAAAUAACUGAUGGCUGGUAUCAAGGAGAACGUAUCCGUGAUGGAGAGAGAGGCUGGUUUCCUGGUAAUCAUACUGUAGAAGUUUUAUCAGCUCAUGUGAGGGCACGCAACCUCAGGCAGCGCUACAGAUUGCUGGCACUGUCUGGAAACUUUCUUGAAGCUCAGCGGAAGGAGAAACAGACCAAGUGACUGAGUGAAGCACCAAGGUAAGGUUGUGUAGUACAAGGAAGAGAUGCUGCUAUCUGGUCUGUUGUAACAGUGUAAUUCAAAUGUUGCUCUGACCGUUAAUGCAGUCAUAUCUGAGAAUGAUGCUUUGUUGGGACUGGCUAAAAAAUAAAGCCACUUGAUAGUGCAGCUGGGAAGCUGAAGACAUUUGUAAAUCUGCUGGACAUAGGGUAAAGACAUCUCCAUGACAAUGGUCAGCAUCAUUGUCAUACAUUAGAGCAUAAUGCGUGUGAUCUGUAAUGGCAAAUUAAGGAUAUUUUGACUCAGUCACAUAAGAAGUGGAGGAAGUAGAUAAACAGAAUUUUCUUGUGAUUGGAUUUGAUGAGUAUGGUACAUUUAAAAAGUACAUUGCCAGACUUCAGGGACUAUCAUCAACAGUUAUGUGGCAAGACCUAUGAUAUUGUUCAAGAGUAGAAUAUACAGAACUUGCAUCAGAAGAGUGAAUGCAUCCAGCAUUCCUAUCAGCCGAAGCCACAUGUGCUGGCCACCCUUAGCAGUAGGCUAAUUUCUUACUAAAGCCUUGAUAAGUUUGUAAAGUUUGCAAAAUGAUGUGUGACAAGCAAAGGAUAAAAUUAAUGAAAGUUGGACUAAAACGUGUAGGUACUGCAGGACAAAGCAUGUAUAUAAAUUCCAGUUUUGUUCAUGGAAAAGAUCUAUAAUAUUGAGAGAAAGUGACAGUCACCAUCUUGCCAAAAUAGGAGAUACAAAAAGUAUACUAUGAGCAGUUUAUGAAUGUGAUGAUAUUCAGUGUUUGUAGUGUAAUGUUGAUAUUUAAAGUGAAGAAGCUCAUGGGAUUGACACUAUGGAUGAUGUGAGAUGAUAAAUAACUGCCUCAGAUGAGGCUGUUAACCAUGAACUGCCACCUUCUAGCUCUCACACAAACAGUAUGAAAUAAAUUUGGGCAAUAAAGUGAAGAAAAUCUGUUUUUUAUUUCUGGAAACCAUACAGUGUCUGUUAAAUAUACCAUAAUUCAUAUUAUAGUAAAAUAUUUGGUUACAUUAUCCUACAUGUAUGUUUAAAAGAAAUUUGCAAAUGUUUAAGUCAUUUGAAUUUGUUAUAAAAUGUUCUGUAGUUAUGAUUUUCUUUCUGCAGCAUGUUUCUACAAGCCAUGUCAUUUUGAGAUAAUUAAAGUAUGUCAGAACUGCAGGAUUAAUUGGUGAAGUAAACAGUACUUAAGACCUAGGAUGAUCAGAUGUGUUCAUCAUUUUUUUGUAAAAGGAUUAACAUUUUUUGAAAAAUAAAAAGGUUUGUCACUUACUUGUUGCACACCAAAAUAAAAAUUGCUUAGAGUUAGGUAAAUUAUCAUGGAAAAGGAAGAUGGCAAAUCAUGAAAUGUAUUUAAUUGUAUUGUUUGUAAAAUGCAAAUAUGAUUGAAAAAUGGAGUUUUGUAAAGAUUGUUAAGCAUUAACUAAAUAA